UGCAAAUCUUUCGGCAGUCCUUUUGAGAUUCGGUGCUUGCAAAAGUUUGGCAACACUGCUGUCAACAGAGGAUGUAAACAUUCUAGUGUGUUGGGUUGUUUUGUGCCAAGCUGGUGAUGAAAUAAGUUUAGUUUUAACAAAUAAAAGGUAGAACAAAAUAGCUCACCGGCAUCGGAAUGCUAAAUGCAUGGCCACCGGUUGAUACGCGUUGAAACGAGUGGCUAAAGCGUUCGCCCAGAGUAAGGUGCGCUCAGUUGAAUGAUGAAACUCGAACAAACAAGUGGAAACACCGCGUGAGUGUCUUCAGAUGCACCAAACUAAAGCAUACCGAGUUUGGUAGAAAAUUUGUCAUUCAACGGUGCCGAAGACUACUUCCAAACGGUAGAGAUGGACAUCAAUGGGCAAAGUGUUCAAAUUCCGAUGGAUUCGCAGCUGUUAUCCGAUGAGUUUAAUAUAUUAAGUUACGUUAACGGGUUUGAUCCUGCAUCGGAGCAGACUGCAUCGUUUCUAGAUGGAACCCAGACCGUCCAAGUACUUGGGACCUAUGUAGAGGUCGAAUCUGCUGAACUGCUACAGUCGAAUCAGGCGGAUCUGGAGCCAAAGUUGGAGGACCUUGAAGAACCUUCAUACGACGUAAACUUUCAGGUAUCAGUGGAGGAAUUUACAUCAACCGAAUUUAAUUUCAAAGUAAAGAUCGCUGAGACGGGAAGAAAUGAAUCGUACACGUACUCGAAUGUAUUGAACAAAAUUUACACGAGCAUAGAAAAACACUGCACGUUUGAGGCGUCGUUCAACUCCUACUCGACAAUCCUUCCUAUUAUCCGGGUUAUGAUGGUAUGUGCAAAUGCACCAUUCCAACCCUUGUCCCGGUGCGCCUAUCACACCAAAAAUGACACUACCGCGAACAAGAAUCAUGUUGUAGUACGGAGAGAUGGGUCCGCGGAGUACAUUGGAAUGCCCGAAGGAGAAACUUUCCGGGACCGACUUGCAUUGAAAAUCGCCAUGGGCGAUUCAUGCAGGAAGAACAUAACUCUCGAGUUCAAAUGCCUGAGCUCGUGUUACAAAAUUAAAAAAGUGUCCACUGCGCUGGUGUUCACCCUUGAAGACCCCGUCGGCGGUCAGCUCCUGGGACGGGAAAUCAUUCCCAUUCAGAUUUCGAAAAACUUCAAACGGGACAUGGAAACGGCCGAGAAGGCGGCCGUGAAGCGAACUGGCGAUACCAGUCAGAAGCGCAAGCAAGCGCCGAACUCAGUGUCGGCAGCUCCUGUCGCGGGAAGCUCAAGCAAGGAUCCGCUGUCUGUAGACCUUAAUCUCAACCUACCACGCAGUGCCGCCACGGACUUUCUCAAGUACGCUGAGCAGUUUUUUGCGGCUAAACUGUACGGAGCUGAUGCAUCAACCGAGCAGGAACUGAUGCCGUGCCUCAAGAAGAUCAGACUGCUAGCUUCCGACAUGGAACAACCAAAAGACCAAUGAAACCAAGCAAAAUGAGCAUCGAAAAACAUGCCAAGUGGAGUAGCUGCCUUUAGAGUGCUGCAGAACCUGCAGCGUUCAGCACAUUGCGGAAAAUUAUCAAAAGGGUAUACCAUGAAAUUCAAGCGAGCACGGCACCUGUCAAUGUGCCCCUACCAGUUGAAUCGGUUUGCCAUUUGAAAACUAAUAUAAGUUUGUGAUAAUUUCUAGUUUUAACAUAAUUCUAUGGCCGUUGCAAUUCUAUUUUCAUGUUUUUGUUCCUCGACCUUGGUUUAGAGGUUAGGAUUUUGACAGCUCGCUUGCACUGUUUCUAUUUUCGCCACGUGUGUCUCCGUUAAAAUGUGGGUGCGUGUGCGCUUUAUGGACAUGAGCUGUCAAAUGACGUCACGGCGUAAAACCUAAUUGAGCUGUGCAUUAGCCGGGCAGAUUUCCGUCAGACAAACUUGUGUAGUCUGUCGUUAGCGUGCACAUUAGCCUGUAUCGCAUCAAGCAUCACAGGUUCCAACAGUGUUUUGAUUUUUGUCUGAUUUUAUUUGUUUUUAAAGUACGUAUUGAACAAAUGUUUGCAACGGUGUUAGAAUUUAUAGUCAUAUUUCUAUUACCGUAAACUGGGGUGACUUUGAUAGGAUUUCAAUUUGUUUUUUGGAAUAUUUUCCAACAGGUAAGGUUUU